UAACCAGGUUCCUGUCUGUCUCUGUCAUAGCAUAUAAAGUCAUGGGGAACACAAUGCCUGUUAGACUCCAAGAGAGGUGCUCUGGAAGAGAUGACUGCAAGCAUGAUGAUGCUCAGACUGUGUGGACUCCUUCUUAUGUGCGCAACUCUAAUAGAUGCUAAAUUAGACAUUAUUAGUGGUGACACAGAUGUGCAGGUGGGACAUGACACUCUGCUCUUGUGCAAAGCUGAUUCAGAGGGAGACUUUCGUUGGUUGAAAGGUGAUGAAGACAUCGAUGAAGAUCGCUAUGUAGUCGAGAAAUUUGAUGAGUCCACGAGUAAACUGCUCUUGAAUAAGGUUGAAGUAGAUGACUCUGGAAACUAUACCUGCGUAUUUGACAGUGAUCGCGGCAUAGAGAAGACGAGCUACCAGAUCUAUGUCUACCAAACACCGGACUUUGGCACAACACAGUUGCACCAUGAAUUUCUGGUGAACCAGACAGUGAGCAUUCCCUGCGUGGUGUCUGGGCAGCCUGCGGUGGAGAUCGACUGGUUUCGGAACAAUCGCACCGUGAAAGAUGACGGACGAGGUCAUUUCAGAAUCCAGCCAGAUAAUUCUCUGCAGAUUCUGGGAAUUCAGCAGGAAGACAGCGGAACCUACACAUGUGAAGGCAGGAUCAAGGGACGCCCCAUAACAAGGACGCUCAAAAUCUCUGUUGUUGUUAAUGAGCCACCAACCGUCCUGAUUCGCCAGGACAGAAAAAGUGUUUUAGCCGGACCCUACACCACUGUGUCUAUAGCCUGCCUGGUCAAAGGAGUACCCACUCCAAGUAUUUCAUGGACACUCCCUUCCACCUCUGACCCGUCCCGUCACAAAUACAACUCUGAUAAGAGUGAGCUCACCAUCUCUGCAGUGACCAGGAGUGAUUUUGGAGAGUAUGUCUGCACGGCUACCAAUAAGAUCGGGAACAACACCGCCAAAUUUAUUCUGGAUGUCUCAGAACGUCCAACUGUAGUUUUGGAUCAACCCAAGCUGGAGGUUAUUCCAGGAGAAACUGGAUCUGUGAUCUGCAAUGCCACAGGACAUCCAACACCAACCAUACAGUGGGUCAGGAAGACUACUGAAGAAAAAAUGAUGAAUGUGGAGGUCUCUGAGCUGAUUUUUGAAAAUGUAAUGCCCUCUGAUGGCGGCUUGUACUCCUGCAUAGCCAGCAAUACGGCAGGAACAACCACUGAGGACUUCCAGCUGAUAACCUGGCCUGGGACACCCGAUAAGGUCAGUGUGGCUCCGGGCCCUCAUCUUCUCUCCUCAUCCAGAGUACCCCAGUGCGAGGAUGGAGGGUCCUCCAUUACUGAAUACAUCCUUCAGUGGAAGAAACCGUCUGAAGACACCUGGAGACAAAGCGCUGUCAAGCCCACAAGUCUCCUGGAGAUCACGGGCCUUGAGCCGUACACAGAGUACUUCAUUCGUUUUGCAGCCAAAAACUCUCACUACCAGGGGAACUUCUCCACAGAACACAAGAUCUUCACACAGUCCCAACAUGGAGAACCCAACAGCCCCAUUCUGUCUCUAAGUGAGAAAAAGCUGGACAAGAACUCAGUCUCCAUCCCCAUUAAACAGCUGAAAGAUGGAGGCUCUCCUAUCCUGGGCUACAUCGUACGCUACAAAGGGAACAAGGAGAAUGAGGAAUGGACUGAAAAAGAAUUUCCUGGAAACUCCAGCAAAAUCCAGCUGAACAAUCUCCAGUACGAUGCUGAUUAUCAAAUGGAAGUUUAUGCAGUAAACAACAAUGGCUCCUCCAGCAGUGCCAAAAUUAACUUCACUGUCCCACAACCUGUCAGUCAGCCGGCGUUAGGGAAAGGAGGUGUGGUGGGAAUUGUAAUGUUCAUCUUCUUGAUACUGAUGGUGUCAGUAGAUGCUUUCUGUUGCUACACCAACCACUGUGGCCUGCUUAAUUUCCUCGCUCGCAAACUAUUUGGACACAACAUCUCAGAGUCUAAAGGGAUGGAUGAAGAGGCCAAUAAUUCCUCUGGAGACGUGAAGCUGAGCGGGCUAACACUACCACGAGGCAGCAUCCCAAAGCUUCAGUCAGCCAGUGGGGCAGUGAAUGGCGUUCAUUCAGAGGUCACGUGUGACAAAGCACCCCUUACCAAAUUCGAGUAGGAAGAAACCAGAAUCUGGAGAUCCAGCAGCAGAGGCCUAGAGGAAGAUAUUGUACAGGACACAAUUUGAAUUCAGUGAGUGAAGGAACUUCACACAGAUCUCGGGACAUCUGAUUAUGAGCUUAAGGGUGAAGUGUGUAAUUUUUAAAAAAUACUAUAUGUAAGCUAUUUGUAUCCCAAAAUGUUUAAACUCUACAGCUCUUUGGUGCUAUGAAACGUGGCUCAACCAAUAGCAUGAGUUGUGGGGCGGGAUCAUCUGUUUGUCUUACCAAUGACAGAUGGGGGAGUGUUUGAGAAAAAUAUUUUAUAAAAUAUAAAACAUCAUAAAUUACAUAAUUUUUAUUUAACUGAUGCCAUCUGGAACAAACAUACAAACAUCAUAAAGGACGACUGUUAUUUCCAGGAAAACGUUCAAGUCCUGUGUGAUUUAGAUUAUACUUGUUAAAUUGUGAUUGAACUACAUGGAAAUGUAGGAGUAUUAUGAGAAUUAUGAGUGUGAUGCAGCACUGUAAAUACUGUACAUGACAAAUGCUGCUUGAGCUGAAUGUAUGUUCAGUAGUGAGCAAAUAAAAGCAGGAUGCAGCUAAGUAGAAUAUGAUGUUAACGUGUUAAAGUGUAAUAUUACUGCCAUAAUGGGAGCAUAAUAUCAUAGUAUAAUAGCAUCACUAGUGUAGUGUUAAUUUAUUGUGUGUUUAACAUAUGCUUGUAGCUUGUAUAAUAUCUUGAAGGAACAGUUGAAAGAAAACGUCCAAUGGAUUUGGAAAGUUUAAUGUGAAUGAUAAUGCCUUUUGUAAAGAUAAAAAUAACUGUUUGAGUUAGAUAUAGAUAUUACAUUGCAUUUGAUUUGUUUCAGCAUCAUAUAUCGUUACAUUAAUGCACCAUGUAUGAAUGUUUUGGUCAAGUGAUGUUAAAUGUGGAUGUAAAUACAGAUGCAUGCAAAAAGAUGUAUAUAUAGAUUUAUUAAUAGUUUUUGAUCUUCACUGUACAUUGUAUAAAUUAUUUCUUUAAUGCUUUCAUAAUCAUUGUAUAGAGUGACCCUAUAGUAAUUUUGUACUCAAUAUAAAUGCAUUCUAUAGACAUUUGAUUCUUUUUAAUAAAAAGAGACUAAUACAUACAA